GAACCUAAUUAAGCAACCACAGCAUCAUAUCUCUUGCGCCUCGUUUACUACUACUAUUUUUUUUCUUUUCAAGAGAGAGAGAGAGAGAGAGAGAGAUGGCAUCUCCAAACACAAACCAGGAGAAAGCAGGGGUGCUAGGUAGAGUAUUAGCCUUGCCAAAAGUUGUUAAGGGGAAGGUGUUGAGCAUCUGUAGGUUAACAAAAGAGAUAGCACAAGAUGAUCCUAGAAAAGUGAUUCAUUCACUGAAAGUAGGACUUGCAAUCUCACUUGUUUCUCUUUUCUAUUACUAUCAACCACUAUAUGAGAAUUUUGGUCUUUCAGCAAUGUGGGCUGUGAUGACUGUAGUGGUGGUUUUUGAGUACACAGUCGGAGCCACUCUAGGAAAAGGUUUGAAUAGGACAAUUGCAACAUUGGCUGCUGGUGCUCUUGGUGUUGGGGCUCAUUACUUAGCUAGCCUAUCUGGUGCAACAGGGGAACCUAUAUUGAUUGGCGCGUUUGUCUUUGUGCAAGCUGCCAUAGCAUCAUUCAUAAGGUUUUUUCCGAAAGUAAAGGCAAGAUAUGACUAUGGGAUGCUUAUAUUCAUCUUGACAUUCUCUUUGAUAUCCGUGUCUGGUUUUCGAGAGGUUGAAGUGUUGGAAAUGGCACACAAGAGGCUAUCAACCAUAUUCAUAGGGGGUUCUGCUUGUGUGAUGAUUUCCAUUUUUGUUUGUCCUGUGUGGGCUGGUGAAGAGUUCCACUAUUCCAUUGCUCACAAGUUGGAAAUACUUGGCGAUUUCUUGGAAGCUUUUGUACGUGUAUACUUCAAGAUAUCAAAAGAAGGAGAAUCUGAAGACAACAAAGGAGAUUCUAAAGACAAGUCGUUUUUAGAAGGUUAUAAGAAAGUUCUCAAUUCCAAAAGUGUUGAUGACUCUCUGGCCAAUUUUGCAAAAUGGGAGCCAGGUCAUGGCAAGUUUAGAUUUCGUCAUCCUUGGGACUUAUACCUCAAAGUUGGUGCUCUUUCUCGCCAAUGUGCAUAUCGAAUGGAAGCUCUAGAUGCAAACAUCAACUCUGAUAUCCAAGGUUCCCAAGAAAUUCGUAUCACCAUCCAAGAGCAAUGCUCAGAAAUGUGUUUAGAAGCUAGCAAGGCCUUUAAGGAGCUAGGAUCAUCAAUCAGAACAAUGACUAUGUCAUCAUCUUCAGACACACAUGUUGCAAACGCAAAAGCUGCAGUUAAGAGCCUCAAGACAUUGCUCCAAUCAAGUUCAUGGAAAGAAACAGACCUUCUAUCACUCAUACCAGCUGCAACAGUGGCUUCACUUCUGAUUGAUAUUAUUGAAUUCACGGAGAAAAUAGCAGAUUCAGUGAAUAACCUUGCCACCCUCACACAUUUUGAAGUUGUAGAUACAGAUAAAUCCACAACAAAAGCACAACAACCAUCACAAUCAUCUCCACACUGUGAAUGUGCUGAACCGGGUCCCAAGACUGAUCAUAAUAGCCUCCAACUCGUUAUUCUGAUUGAGGACUCAGCGCUAGCUGUGUCAGAUAGUGAAAAAUCAAACAGAGUUUGACAAUUGAUACACGUAAAAGGAUUGUUAUAAUAAUAAUAAUAAUAUAUCAUUGCUUCAACCUAUUCACAACGAAAAAAUUAAUGGUGUAUUACACCAUAUUAUUGAGUUUUCGGAUGGCAUACCCUUAUGUUGUCUAGACCGUGAGGGGUAUCAUAGGUACAUUAAUAAUGUCAAAUUUGUAUUCCUGAGUGAAUUUCAAUUGAUUACUUAGGAUCAUUUGCCAUUUUAGUUCAUGUUAAGGUAUUUUUUGUACUCUGAAUUGGAAACUGUUAAAAGACUCUCCAUUUUAAUUUA